AUGGGCAAUAAUCAGUCCGGUGGGCCAGAGGGCCGCUAUGUAGGUCCGAACGACAAAGCCGGGCUUCGUAGACAUCGUAUGAUGAGUGAAACUGCUAGAGUGGCUGGACAAGUGCUUCCGAACCCUGAUGGGCCGCCUAUGAUGUUCGAUGACGGUCACGAAGACAAAUCCGGAGAAUGCCCAGUGGUUUUCCGUUGGAGCUUCACCCAAAAUGCUCAACCACGCACUGUUCACAUAGUUGGUUCCUGGGACAACUGGCAGACUAGAAUUCCGAUGGUGAAGUCUACCAACGAUUUCUCCACUAUCAUCGACUUGGAACCAGGGCAAUACGAAUACAAAUUUCAAGUCGAUGGUUCCUGGGUUGUGGAUGACAAUCAAGGAAAAACACAAGAUGCUGCUGGGAAUGAAAACAACAUGAUCAACAUUCAAGACUCGGACUUUGCAGUUUUUGAAGCCCUUGAUGAAGACUUUCAGUCUUCAACUGCUGGAGAAGUUCUUCGUGGAGAGUCGGAAAGCACCAAAAACCACGACACUCCGAACGAUAGAGAACUCGAAAAGCUCCGUUCAUUCACUCAAGAAAUUCCAUCACUGGAUAUGCUCCGCCGUGCAGCUGGACCUCCUGUUAUUCCACCCCAGCUGAUGCAGGUGUUGCUCAACAAAGAAACUCCAGAAUCGUGUGAUCCUAAUGUUCUUCCGGAACCAAAUCAUGUGAUGCUCAAUCACAUGUAUGCUCUCUCCAUCAAAGACAGUGUCAUGGUGCUCUCGUCUACACAACGUUACCGCAAGAAGUUCGUUACCACUCUUCUCUACAAACCAGUCUAA